CUUUUUUCAAAGCCGUUCUGACUUUCCCGCCCAAACCGGAAGUAGAAGCAAAGGAUCCUCAUUUAACGCUUUGCCAUCCCCCUGACGGUGGAAUCCAGAAAUAGGUCCGGGUAGAAACAGCAACUGGGACAGCUGCAGUUCCGAGUUGCCAGGAUGGGAGCGGUGGAUUGUCACUGCCAUCUCGCGGCACCCGAAUUUCAAAAGGACAUUGAAAGUGUAUUGGAAGAUGCCAAAAAGUCUAAUGUUUUGGCCCUGGUGGUAGUUGCUGAACAUUCUGGAGAUUUCACAAAAAUUAUUCAACUUUCAGAAAGGUAUCCAGGGUUUAUUUUUCCAUGCUUGGGCAUCCAUCCAGUUCAAAGUAUUCCAGGUGGAUGUGAACGCAGUGUUACUUUAAAGGAUCUAGAAGAAGCAUUCCCACUCAUUGAGCUGUAUCAGGAUCAUUUGCUGGCAAUCGGGGAGAUUGGUUUGGAUUUUACUCCCAGAUUUGCCAGCAGUGAUGAACAGAAGGAAGGACAACGAGAAGUCUUGAUAAAACAAAUUCAACUGGCAAAACAACUUGACUUACCUUUAAAUGUUCAUUCCCGCUCAGCUGGAAGGCCAACGAUUAACCUCUUAAAGGAACAAGGUGCUGAGAAAGUGUUGCUCCAUGCAUUUGAUGGCAAACCAAGUGUAGCAAUGGAAGGAGUGAAGGCUGGAUAUUUUUUCUCUAUCCCUCCCUCAAUUGCAAGGAGUGAACAGAAGCAGAAACUUGUGAAACAGCUACCUCUAGAAAGCAUUUGCUUGGAAACUGACUCACCUGCCCUAGGACCUGAGAAACAGGUGAGAAAUGAGCCAAAGAAUAUCUUCAUUGCUGCAGAAUACAUUGCUAAAAUAAAAGGAAUUUCAGUGGAAGAUGUUUUACAAGUAACAACACAGAAUUCACUGAAGGUCUUUCCUAAACUGAAAAAUUUCCUCAGGAUCUAGAUGAUGUUCUAUAGUAUCUGACUUUAAUUCAGAUUAUUUAAAUAUAUGAAAUUACAUCAAAUAAAUAUCUAAUAGAAGAGCAUAUGUGUAGCUCAGAGU